UGCUUUCCCCUUCCUACCUGGUCGUCAUUCACACGCUCAUCUUCAUGGUCUGCACCAGCUUCUGGUUCAAGUUCCCAGGCACCAGCUCCAAGAUCGAGCACUUCGUCUCCAUCCUGGGCAAGUGUUUCGACUCGCCGUGGACCACGCGGGCCCUGUCCGAGGUCUCUGGGGAGAAUCAUGAGGCAUCCUCGGCAGGGCUGGGGAAGGCAGGUGAGGGCGAGAAGGAGAAGGUGCUGGCAGAACCUGAGAAGGUGGUCACUGAGCCUCCGGCCGUCACCCUGUUGGACAAGAAGGAGGGCGAACAGGCCAAAGCCCUGUUCGAGAAGGUCAAGAAGUUCCGCCUGCACGUGGAGGAGGGGGAUAUCUUGUACACCAUGUACAUCCGGCAGACGGUGCUCAAAGUCUGCAAGUUCUUUGCCAUCCUGGUCUACAGCCUCAUCUACGUGGAGAAGAUCAGCUUCCUGGUGUCCUGCCAGGUGGACACCUCCGAGGUCACGGGCUACGUCCGCUUCUGCUGUAACCACACCAAGGCCCACCUCUUCUCCAAGCUGGCUUUCUGCUACAUCUCCUUCGUGUGCGUCUACGGCAUUACCUGCCUGUACACGCUCUACUGGCUCUUCCAUCGGCCCCUCAAGGAAUACUCCUUCCGUUCUGUGCGGGAGGAGACCGGCAUGGGUGACAUCCCAGACAUCAGGAAUGACUUCGCCUUCAUGCUGCAUCUCAUCGACCAGUACGACUCACUGUACUCCAAGCGCUUCGCCGUCUUCCUCUCCGAGGUCAGCGAGAGCCGCCUGAAGCAGCUCAGCCUUAAUCAUGAGUGGACGCCCGAGAAGCUGCGGCAGAAGCUGCAGCGCAAUGCUCAGGGCCGGCUUGAGCUGGCCCUCUGCAUGCUCCCAGGGCUGCCGGACACUGUCUUCGAGCUCAGUGAGCUGGAGGCGCUCCGCCUGGAGGCCAUCAGCGAUCUCACCUUCCCCCCGGGCCUCUCACAGCUGGUAAACCUGCAGGAGGUCAGUCUGCUCCACUCACCCACCAGGCUGCCCUUCUCCUCCCAGGCCUUCCUGCGGGACCGCCUGAAGGUCGUGCGCGUCAAGUGCGAGGAGCUGCGCCAAGUGCCCCUCUGGGUGUUCGGGCUGCGUGGCCUGGAGGAGCUGCACCUCGAGGGGCUCUUCCCCCCGGAGCUGGCCCGGGCAGCCACCCUCGAGAGCCUCCGGGAGCUGAAGCAGCUCAAGGUGCUGUCCCUGCGGAGCAACGCCAGCAAAGUGCCAGCCAGCGUGACUGAUGUAGCGGGGCACCUGCAGCGGCUCAGCCUCUACAACGACGGGACCCGUGUGCUCACCCUGAACAGCCUCAAAAAGCUGGUGGCGCUGCGGCAGCUGGAGCUGGUGGCCUGCGGGCUGGAGCGCAUCCCUCACGCUGUGUUCAGCCUGGGUGCACUGCAGGAACUUGACCUCAAGGACAACCACCUGCGGUCCAUCGAGGAGAUCCUCAGUUUCCAGCACUGUCGGAAGCUGGUCACGCUCAGGCUGUGGCACAACCAGAUCGCCUACGUCCCGGAGCAUGUGCGGAAGCUCCGGGGCCUUGAGCAGCUGUACCUCAGCCACAACAAGCUGGAGACCCUGCCCGCCCAGCUGGGCAUGUGCUCCAGCCUCCGACUGCUGGACGUCUCCCGCAACGGGCUGCACUCCCUGCCACCCGAGCUGGGCCUCCUGCAGAAUCUGCAGCACCUGGCGCUCUCCUACAAUGCCCUGGAGGCCCUGCCCUACGAGCUCUUCUUCUGCCGCAAGCUGCGGACGUUGCUUCUCGGCUACAACCAUCUGAGCCAGCUCUCGCCCCAGGUCGGGGCCCUCACGGCCCUCAGCCGCCUAGAGCUCAAAGGCAACCGCUGGGAGGCGCUGCCCGAAGAACUGGGCAACUGUGGGGGUCUCAAGAAGUCAGGGCUCUUAGUGGAGGACACUCUUUACGAGGGCCUGCCGGCAGAGGUGCGGGAGAAAAUGGAAGAGUGAAGCCAGGGUCGGGGGCAGGCUGAGGUACUCCUGGUGGUUCACCCCAGAAUCUCUACUACUGUCUUCUCGGGAGGUGGUCCGGUGGGCCCAGGCCAGGAGAGGAAGAGCAGAUGUGAGCCUUGCGGGGCCUGAGCCAGAUCCUGUGACUGGUUUGUCUGGGGAGGGAUGGGAAUCUGUGGAUUUGGGGUGGAAUGUCACAGAGAGAUUAACUCAGGAUUCACAGACCAAAACCAUGCCUGUGUCUUUGGCUGGCUGGUCUGCUCCCAGCCCUGGGCCAGAACUGCUGCCCUUUCCCCCUGGAUGUUCAGUUAGUGCCACAUAUGGGGGAGGGUCACAUCCCAAUGGGAUUUCAACCCUUUCCCCCUGACCAACCCCAGAUCUGGGGUUCUCUCCCAAGGAGGGCACACAGACACAGGGGACCAGUGUGGACCCCCCUCUCCACAACUCUGAUGCUAAUCAUUAUUUAUAAGUUGUUGGCCAAUGAUACCUGCACAUACACAAACUCAGAAAAAUGGUUCUCAUAUUUGGUGGUGCAUCAAAAUCAACAUCCCCAAAACAGAACAUCUGGGGCCCCACCCCUGAAAGACUGACUCAGGAAGUUCCUGGCCUGGAAAUAAGCAUCCCACAGGGUUCUGAUGCAGGUGGUCCUUAGUGCUGUCUAUUGGGCAAUGCUAACUGACAGCACAGAUGUCCAGAUGUCUAGAGCAAGGAUUCUGAACCUUUUUAAGUCCUAGACCCUUUGAGCAGCUGAGAAAAGCUGGACACCUCCUUCCUCAGGAAAAUGCUCAUGUACGAGCCACGUUCUGCAAACAAUUUAAGCAGUCAAUGGAUACCCCCAAGCCCCUCAACAUAUCCAUUCAUGGACGUCCUAAGGUUGGCAUACCCCAGGGCUCAGAACAUCUGUGGAUAUUACAUUUCUCUGAGGAUGGGCACAAGCUUUACCUUUCCAAUAUUACCUGUGCCAGGCAGCAUAUACCAGUAGGUGCUUAAUAAAUAACACUAAUUACAAGAACCAAAAUUCUUAUCUCUGGUGUCCAAGCCUUCUGUUUCACCAACUACAGUUAAGUGGUGACACUCACAUGCCAGGAUCGAGGGUGGGAGUCUCCUGGGAAUAGAGGGACAGAGGGCCCUUAACAAAUCAGGAGAAAUUAGGCGGCAUCUUCUGCCUAGCUUUUUUUCUGAAGGACCUCUUUUCCUUUGCCUUCCCUGUGAUUCUCCUGACUACACACUUUUGUAUCUGCUCCAUUCAGAAGUCACCAAAGAAGACCCCACACACCUUCAACGCCCAGCAGUGUUCCUGAGCUGGACUGGGAGAGGGCAGGGCUCUGGGCUCAGCCAGUCUGACUCUGACCGCUUGAGACUGGACACCUCUUAGGUGUCUGCAAAAUGCGCGUGUCCUCCUGGCAACUGAGAGCACAGGCAAGUUGCCCUCUAGGAACUAGAAUUUUGGAUAGGGACGUUUCCCCAGCACCCAUCAGACCAGUUAAAGAAAACGUCUAGGCUGCUGAGACGCCUAACCCCAGGGCGCGUCUUGUGCAUAGUCCAGGAGCUGGGCACAUUCCAGGGCGGGACAGAUGGAGGGCGGGGUCUUUAAUAAAGUCCCACGCGGGUCUGACCUGGAGCUCUGGCUUUGUCCUUGGCCCUGUCGCUUAAGUCAGGGUCAUGCCGCUGGAUUCCUGGGGCUCUGACAGCGGCCCGAGCCCUAUGCGGCCUCUGCCGUUUGUCCUUGGGCGACACUGAGCUUGCUGAAAUGGAAAGGGAAUCCCACGGGUGCCUAAUUAGGGUGAGAAGGCAGCAAUUAAGCAUAACAGGAUCCUAAUGAAGUGCUAUCUGAGACAAGAAAGGCAAUUCUGAGAGGGCGUGGGUGCCAGAAAACAGGUCCGGCCACCUAAGAGCCAGGAAGAGACUGAGGUCACAGCAGGAGAACACCGGCAAGAGCCUCUGAGAGCUAAGGCUGCGCGUGCGCACCAGGAGCCACACGCUUGAUUUCGUCUCCCACUCUAUAAGCAUGCGCGCUGCUUUCCCCUCCGAGUAGGUGGGCCUCCACACUACGUCG